AGGGUUGACUGAAGCGGAGAAGAGAACCUCUUUUUCAAUAAAGAAACCAGGCUGCUGCAGCUUGUAAUGGAGACCUCUGGAGAGGGCAGCAACCCCAGUGGCAGAGCAACACCCCGGCCCACAGUGCAGCUGCCAGAGCUUGAGCCCCGGGUGGCCCGCAGACGCCUGUCCCAGGCUCGGCACCGCGCCACCCUGGCAGGGCUCUUCAGCAACCUCAGGAAAACUGUUUAUUCCCAGUCUGACCUCACAGCCUCAAAGUGGCAGGUUCUGAAUAAGGCGAAGACCCAUAUUCAGGAACUGGAACAAACCUUGGAUACUUUGCUGCAGCUGAAAGAAUCCUUCAACCUGGACGAUGGGAAUGCUAGAAGCUUAGAGGAGGUCAAGGAGGAAUACGCCAGAAUGUACUCCAGGAAUCUCAGCGUGGAACCUCGUAGGGCUCAUCAGAAGGGCUCCUCCUGGUGCCUGGUUGACACAGUCUUGAAGGAUGCUGAGGAGGAGGAAGAGGAAGAGGAGGAAGAGGAGGAAGACCAAGAAGAGGAAGACCAAGAGGAGGAAGACCAAGAGGAGGAAGAAGAGGAGGAGGAGGGGGAAGACGAGGAGGAAGAAGAGGAAAAAGCGGAGCUCAUACACUCCCCAGGCACCUUGUCGCCAGACCUCAUGGAAUUUGAACGGUAUCUCACCUUCUACAAGCAGACAAUGGACCUUCUGACUGGGAAUGGGAUCAUCGCCUCACAGGAGGUGACGCUCCCCAUCAUCUCUGCGGCCAUCUCCCACCUGUGGCAGAACCUCUCUGAGGAGAGGAAAACCAGUCUCCUGCAGGCCUGGGCAGAGAAGCACAGCGGCCUCCCGGACCUCAGAGAGGCCUGUCAGGAGCUGGCCUGCACCGAGGGCAGCAUGAAGGACAGUGGAGUGGACAGCCAGGGGGCCAGCUGCUCACUGGUCUCCACUCCAGAGGAGAUCCUUUUUGAAGAUGCCUUUGAUGUAGCAAGUUUCCUGGACAAAAGUGAGGCUCCGAGUACAUCGAGCCCCAGUUCAGUGUUUGCCAUCAGCAACCUGGAGAAUCCAGAGGAGAAGUUUCAGCUCUACACACAGAUCCUUGACUUUUUAAAAGGCCUUUGCUGUGUGAAUGCUCAGUUAAAACAGGAAGAAGCCCUUGCCAUUGAUGAUGAGCUGAUAAUGCUGAGGUGCACGGAAACCUUUGACGAUGAAGACCUGUAA